AAUUGUCAACUCGUCAUUGUCAAACCGAGAUCUCGAGUCGACCGGACGAACGGUAGAUUGUGAGAAGUAUUAUACUUUUGUAUAUACAUGGUAUAUCGCUUGAUAUCACAUACGAAAUAUUCAUAAACACAUCACAAUUCAUGGGAAUUGAGUUUUGACUUCGUAUUUGUCGAUAGAGUUUUUGGAAUUAUUUCGAUUUGCCACACGGGAUACAGCGAAAAUAAUUGACUCAAAGGACUUCGCUAUCAUAACUCCAUACAUAAUCAAAGUUGUGUUUGCUCUUCGAAGUUUCAUCGGUUUGGCUUCAUCUUCAAGUAUUGGCUACUUCAGACCGUCAUUUUCGCCAAAAGUCACACUCGACAAGACAAAGGUGGUAUAUUUACAAGUCAUCCGUAUUUGCUGGAAUGAAUUACCUGAAGUUUGACAACUUGGAUAGCAAAUAGACAACGCCUGGACUUUGGAGCAGGCAGACUCUGUAUAUAGAAAGUUUCCGAGUUAAUACCUGCAAUCAAAAGUGGUCAUUCGAAGUGAAAAAAGGAUGUAAAUCGUUGAUCAGUAUAGCCCAUGUUUGGCGCCCAAAAAACUUCCGGUCUGUCCACAGUUUGAAAGUCAAAGUUCAUUUCAGCAUGGAGAGGAUUUGAAAUUGCGAGGAAAGCGGAAGCCAGUAGUUUUGUCAUUGACGGAUUAAUAGUGAUUUAAUCAGGGUUAGAAACUUACCGUUUUGUCACGAUCAAAAUAUAGGCCUUCUUUUGUGCAAUAUUAGGUUUCCCGCGUAAACAGCAAAGGACCUUGUCAUCGUUGCUGCACAACUUUGACAGGAGAAUGAGGAGCGAUAUGAGGAUUUGGAUUUUGUGAAGACUUGUUAAAAGGAGCAUAAUUAUCUAAGCAAGGAGUUGCUUUAAAUUGUUAAUAGUUAACAACCCAUCACCGAUCAGCAGAUUUGCGUCUUCAUUCACGCAUUCAAACCCACCUGGAACAACCAUGCUCCCAUCAACAGUUGCAUUAGGUCUAGGACUUAUUUUGGACCUGGUCCUGGUUCUACCGACGGUCUUGGCCCAGUCGGCUUGUUCCUUCGCUCAAGAUGGCACGACCCCUACAGGAAGCGGGGCAUGUAACUGUUUCGAAUCCCAGGAGCCGAAGGGAUGGAUCGUAGACUGUUCUGGUCUAUCGCUGACGAGUGUACCGUCCGGCCUGCCAGCAGAAACUGCAUAUUUAUAUCUCCGUGGAAACUCAAUUACAGAGUUGCCAUCAUCUUCGUUUGAAGGAAUAUCUUCACUAGAAACUUUACAUAUACAGAAUAAUGGAUUGAGGAGUGAUUUAAUAGAAGAUGGCACAUUUUCUAAUCUCACGAAUCUCAAGUCACUAGAUUUAUCAGGCAACAGAAUAGUUCUCUCUGCAAACAUGAUACAGCAUCUUCUACCACUCACGAGGCUUCAAACACUAACUCUAACCAACAACAACAUUAACACGAUCGACAGUUCAGCAGUAGAAAUAUUCGAUCGACUUGAGACAUUAGACCUCACAUCAAAUGCGUUUGUCUGUGACUGUGAGUUGUCUUGGUUCAGGAAUUGGUUACUCAACACUGUUCAUAUUAACCAUCAGAUCAAUGGAGCGACAUGCUCAUCACCACCGCGGUAUCAGAGAGAGGAUAUAGACAGGGCCGAAUUCUGUCCAUCAAGCGUCUGUGUCUCGUGCAAUGGUGGGAGCAAUGUGGAGUGUAACAGCCAGUCCAAUUCCAUACAAACUUGUAGUUCAUCACAGGGAGCUUGUUUCAACGAGAUCCGUGUAUCCAACGGUGUGUACAACAUUCAGAAAAGUUGCAAGCAACUCCGAGCGUGUCUCAACCAAGUCAGUUCAAACGUCAGAGAGUGCAACGAGGGAACUACGAAUUCUGUUUGUAGGACGUGUUGCCUUGGUGAUCUUUGUAAUAGUCCAGCUUCAGGAGUAAUAGCUGGUUAUACUCUCCCCGGUUUCCCACGUGAUCCGAGUCUGGUAGUUGAGACUACGACUCCAGCUCCAGUGAAGAGCACUGCGGCAGAGACUACUGCAGUUUCCACCACACCCACCGAGAGUACAAACAACUACACUAGUAUCACCGACCAUAGUGAUAAGACCACAUCAGCAUCUCCAACAACCACCUCAUUACCAGAAACAACAUCGAAUAUUGCCUCGAAAACCCAUAUUGUUGGAACAACAACGCAUGCCACGACUACAAAAAGUAGUCCACCCGUUGUAACAACGGAAUCCCCACCUGAUUCAACUGUUUCACAGAAACAAACACCAUCUGGGAAAACUACACCGACAUCGCAAACAACAGCAACGAUUUCGGAAUCACACACACAAGUGGUAACUAGUUUUUUCCCGGCAACUGGGGACUUUGUGAUAACUACACUGGAGCAAACACAAACGCCAUUGGUUAGCAAGACACCGGUGGCGCAUACAACACCUUUUCAGAAAACACCUACUUCCAAUACACUGACACCGUUGGUAACACGCCUGUCCUCAUCCAGUGUUGAUUCUCAACAAACAACACCUGAGCAAACAGAAACACCGUUAAUUAGCAGGACUCCGGUCAUGCAAUCAACAUCUUUUCAGAAGACAUCUACUUCAAAUACACUGACACCACGCGUAUCGUCAGUCAGUAUCUCUACUGAAGAAACAACAUCUAAGCAAGCACAAACACAGGCGAAAACAACACUCUUUCCAAGAACACAAAUUUCAAGUACGCCAAAACCAUUGAUAACGCGAGUGUCACCGACAACUUUGGAUUCUGUUAAAUCAACACUGGAACAAACACCGUAUGUUAGUACUACACCAUUGCCAUCCGUGGGGACAACAUAUGUUGCUUCCUCACAGAAAAUGGAUUCCUCGACACUAGUGACAGUAACAACAAUCCCUCAAACAACCACUUCCCCACUAGAUGUGUCAACAAAAACUUCAACAGAUCACUUUCCAAGCACCGAGUCAAUAUCGACAAUUUCGUUUCCAUCAUCUCAAUCAACAUCUUUUACAACAUCAUUAGCAACAAAUUCAAGAGCACCAGCCAUUACAACAUCAGAAUCUUCCACAACAUCGUUAUCAACACAUCCCACAUCAUCUGAAAAAGCUACAACUAUACCUACAAUGGAAUCACAAACAACCGCUCCAUCCCCAAUCACAACUGAUACAGAUGCAUUUAAAAGCACAACUUUAGUAUCCCUUCAUUCGAGUUCCUCUGCAAGAGCAACUACGCUGCCGUCCGAAACAACAUCAACAACAGGUGCAAUAACCAAAUCAUUAAGUACAUCAUCUCCAGUAUUGAACACAUCACUCCCGACAUCAUUAUCAACAACAAAUCAAUCAGAUAUCACAAACUUACCCUUGGGAACAAAAAUGACAUCACCGGAUUCAACUCAAGAAUCGGACACACCACAAUCGACACUUGACAUUACAGCAACAACAGGUACAACCCAAGCUAUUCAUCCGGAUUCAACUUUGACAGCACUAUCAGAGCGGAGCACACAAACACCAAUAUCAUCAACAUUAGCUAUAACAACAGAGAAAGGUACCACAACUGGUUCUGCACAAACAUCAACAGAUUCCACAGCAACAUUCAAUAGCUCACCAUGGACUUUAGCCACAACUCAAACAUCACAAUCUAACAAAGAAAUUUCGGAUACAACUAUCCCAAGAGCAUCGCUGUACGCUCAAUCAACAACAUCGCCUUCAUUAACAUCUGAAACAUCGGAACUGUCAUCUUUGGGAAAAACAUAUACAACAUUAUAUUCUGACUCAACUUCAACAUCCCUCAGAACCCAAAUGUCAUCCCCAUCUACCAUGUCUAACGAUGCUCAUACAUUAGUAUCAACACUACCCUCAAACCCUACAUCAAAUUCUAUAACCCAUACAAUUAUAACGGGCAGCUCUUCAAGUAGCCCUGAAAGAACUGCCUAUAAGAACACUACUUCAACAUCUGCUCCGACAUAUAGCUCUACUUUCAUGAACACAGGAACACCCCUUUCACCAAGGACAACGUCUGUGCCUAAUUCAACAAGACCUACGAUACCGAAAAGUGUGUCAAUGACGCCCUCAACGUCCAUGGCAUCGACCUCGUCGGAUCCGACAUCCCAAUCAUCAACAGUAAGUACAAAUGCGGUAACAAGUUCUACAAGUAACCCACAGGCGGCAUCGACGGCCUCCGUGUCAACGGAUCAAGAUUCAAGUUCUGCCCCCGUUACGACGCCACCAAGUGCAGGCUCUUACUCCACGAGCUUUACGACAUCUACUGGACGACCAACGUCCACCGCUGUAUUGGUGCUGCAUUGUCCUGAAGAGACGGUCUCAGGAGAGUUUGGUACGAUCACAUGGCAACGGACACCAGGGUCAGCGACGGCUGGGGUGAUCUGUCCAUACGGUGGGAACAACCCAAGGUUUUCUGCUGCUACCCGAUUCUGCCGUUUGACCCGUGCCGGUGCCGGAUGGGACGACCCAAAUAUCACGUCUUGCGCAACAUCCGGCCAGGUUUUACGUAGAUUGUCACAAAUGAACAUCACAGCAGAAAAUGCUCAAUCCGUAUCCGAGGAUUUGAAAACUGUCACGAGUGCCUCUACAAAUUUAAGCGCAUCGGACGUCAACUUCGCAGUGGACGUGCUAGAAAACCUUGCCCGAUCUAUCAAUGAGUAUAACAAUACGGAAGUGAUAGAGAAUGCUUUCAUCGUAAUCAACAACUUAGCAGGAGCACCGAUGGGUUCACUCGUUGCCGGGCAACAAGAUUCAGACAGUGUAACCAGAAUUCUUCAUUUGAUCGACGAGUUCGCUCUGCAUGUCGAGUUCAUUGGCGACACAUUCGAAGUAGUUACGGAAAGGCUAGACGUGGUUGUCAUCAAGAUCAACCCUGAGAUGAACAAUGGAUUGACUUUUAGAAGCGUGGUCGAUGAAAAUGGCAAUUCAAUGGCCCAGCUCUCGUACAACACCACCAGUCCAGAUUCUACCGCCGAAGAUCCGGCUUCACUAGAGCUCCCAGGCUCGCUCUUUGAAGCUCAUUGUGGGGAAACCGAUAGAGCCCAGUUUGUGCUCUAUAAAGACGUCGUUUUCUUUGAGGUGAUAACGGAAGCCUUAGAAAAUAUGACUGCCCCUACCACUCAAUCCACUUCUACUGAUGAUGACAUCAUAGCCAGGGAUGCUCUCAACAGUUUAGUGAUAUCGGCUAGUCUUGGCGAUCUCAAGAUCACGGGAUUAAGGGACCCUGUCAAAACUUCGUUCGUCCACCAGAGACCCGAGAGAGCUGAAAAUCCAUCUUGUGUUUUCUGGGAUUUCACAGCAGCUGGAGGAAAGGGAUCAUGGUCAACCGAAGGUUGCAUUGCUUCUCAAACAUCAGAGGAUAGAACGCAAUGUGAAUGCGAUCAUCUAACAAAUUUUGCUAUCUUAAUGGACAUCUAUGGAACUACAACUACCUACGACGGAGAUCACUUGCUGGCGCUCUCCAUUAUAACCUUCGCAGGUUGCACGCUAUCCAUCCUCGGUCUCAUAAUAACUUUCUUCUCUUACAUCAUGAUCAGGAUAUUUAAGAAAGCCGUUAACAGAAAGAGGCAACUUCGGAGCGAUCGCCGCACCCGCGUGCUCCUGAAUCUGGUCGCUGCUCUCACCUUCAUGAACAUCUUCUUCCUCACUGACGCCGUCAUCACCGAAUUCGGCAACCCUGGCGAAGUCGCCUGCAAGCUAUUGGGGGCCCUGCUCCACUACGGCCUCCUGACGUCGAUCGCGUGGAUGGCCCUGGAGGCGUGGCACAUGUACCUGGCGCUCGUCAAGGUCUUCGACAGCUACACUUCGCAUCUGAUGAAGAAGAUGUGCCUGGUCGGCUGGGGUCUGCCAGCCGUCAUCGUCGGCGUCGUUCUCGGAGUCGAUCUGGACCAUUAUGACUUCUACAAUGAGUUCUGCUGGCUGAGAGUUGGCGGAAUCCCAUUUUACGCCGCCUUCAUCGCUCCAUCCCUGGCCGUCAUCCUCUUCAAUUUCAUCAUCUUCUUUCUCGUCACCCACCAACUCUGCUCCCUCCGACGGCGAUCGGUUUCUGCCUCCUCCGAGCAAUUCGACGUGUCCGCGCAGCUGCGCGCGUCCCUAUCCAUCACCGUGCUUCUCGGGCUCACCUGGGGACUUGGCAUUUUCAUGAUAGGAGGGGCUAGCUUGGUGUUCAGCUAUCUCUUCGCCAUUUUCAACUCGUUUCAAGGGUUUUGUAUUUUCGUGUUCCACUGUCUGCUAAAGGAGGAGGUGCGACUCGGGUGGAGGAAGGUGUUCUGUCCCCAGUGUUUGACACUGGAAGAAAUGACGAAGUCGAGCUCCGGACAGAAUUUCAGCAGUAGCAACAAGCAGGCUCAACUUCAGAAACGGAUAACAUUGGAAUAUCAAGUAGAAUCGAACGGAAGACACCAUCAAUCAAAUACCACUCCUUUUCACCCAGAACACGAAGUCCCAAGAUUUAAUCCUUUUGCAUCCAACUCUGAGUUCUACCAAGAUUCAAGAAUCUGAGACGAGAGUUACAUGAUAUUAAAAUACUAUGCCAUAUCGCCAUUAAAAUGAGUAGAGAAUAUUAAUGUUUAUCAGUACUUUUGCAAUAUAAGUGUCCGAUUAUGACAAAAGGACCUUACUCCAUCGACAAGGAUGACCUUUGUGACAACCCUUAUCCUAUGUACUUGUACUAUAUAACGGCUAAUACUAAGUAUCCGAAGAGUAAUGAUUGUUCUUAAUAGUAACGCUACUACUACUACUACUACUACUACUACUAC